GAUCCCACAGCCUCACCUGAGUCACCGCCAGACUCAGUGGGUCGGGCAGGAAUGCAGCAGGCAGGACUUACCCUCAUGGCUGUGGCUGUCUGUGUGGCUUUUCGAACCUCAGAAGCCAUACUUCCCAUAGCUUCCAGCUGUUGCACGGAAGUUUCCCAUCAUAUUUCCAGGAGGCUUCUGGAAAGAGUGAACUCGUGCAGUAUCCAGAGAGCUGACGGGGACUGUGAUUUGGCUGCUGUCAUCCUCCAUGUUAAACGCAGAAGGAUCUGCGUCAGCCCGCACAACCGUACUCUGAAGCGUUGGAUGAGAGCUUCGGAGGUGAAGAAGGACAAGGAUGGCAAAGGAAAUCCCUGCCAUAAGAAGCGGCACAGCAGGAGGGCCCGAAAGAAUCACACCCAGAGAAAGCACGGAACCCAGGGCCACAAAGCUCCUCAUUAGAACAGACUCGUGACCCUACAGAGAGAGCUCCGCAAGUGAACCGGCCCAUAGUUGGUCCUAAAUUUCUCACUCGAAUCUUCCUCAUGGACACCCAAUGUUGUUUUGCUUCGUUUGAAUAAUUGCAGCUAAGGAUGUUAAGUUCAGGGGUAAAGUGCUUGUGUAGCAUAUAAGUUCAAUCCUGGCACCAAAAAGCAAAAAACAAACGAAAGUGUGCACAAGUGACCAAUACUAUACCUAACUGAACAUGUAACAUUCAUCUUUAUAUAUAAAACUUAGAGGGAUAAUAUAGAUAGAAGUGCUCUAACUUUUUAAUUUAAGUCUCCAGUCCUACAGAGGAGCUGAAGGAUGGUACAAGGAUUAUGUACUUACCUGCCACCUACACUAGUCACUGUUAAUAUUUUCUCUCUCUUCUGUUUGUGUGUGUGUGCACAGCACAUACAUGUAAGAGCUUUCACACUAAACCAUUUGAAAAGUUGCAAACCUAA